AUGAUGGUGAUGGUGAUGAUGAUGAUGGUGGUGAUGAUGGUGAUUAUGUUGAUGGUGGUGAUGAAGAUGAUGAUGAUGGUAAUUAUGUUGAGGGUGGAUAUUAUGUUGAUGAUGAUGGUAAUGAUGAUGAUGAUGGUGAUGAUGAUGAUGAUGAUGAUGAUGGUGAUGAUGGUGAUGAUCGUGGUGAUGAUGAUGAUGAUGGUGAUGAUGAUGAUGGUGAUGAUCGUGGUGAUGAUGAUGAUGAUGGUGAUGAUGAUGGUGAUGAUGAUGAUGAUGAUGAUGGUUGUGGUGAUGAUGAUGAUGGUGAUGAUGAUGAUGUUGAUGAUGAUGAUGAUGAUGAUGAUGAUGAUGAUGAUGAUGGUGGUGGUGGUGGUGGUUGAUGAUGAUGAUGAUGAUGAUGAUGAUGAUGAUGAUGAUGAUGAUGAUGAUGAUGAUGAUGGUGGGUUGGUGUUCCAGCCACAAAAUUAAACAAAGGUAAAAAACAGCAGGUUUAUUUAUUGGGUAUCAUUUUUAUUGACAAUUUGAUAACAGGCGUGUACAUACAGGUGUAGGAUCUUAAUCUGAUCACCCUGUUGGAGGAGAACCUCCCUGCAAUCCAGGAUAUUUAAAACUUGUAGUGUAUUUGAGGUUUAAAAAGACUUCUGAAGUUUGUAAUUUCCAUUUAGACAUUUUACACUUGAUUUUCCCUUUGUAUCAACCCCUACAAAAAUGUCCAUUAAUUAUAAUCCACAUAAUAAUUCACAUUUCCUGUUGCUGCAGGAUUAUUUUCCGGCUGUAGAAAACUGGCUAAAAUUCAGAUCCUACAUCUGUACAGAAAAUAGAGACAGUAGAUCACUCUGUAGCUCAAUUGGUAGAGCAUGGCGCUUGUAACGCCAGGGUAGUGGGUUCGAUCCCCGGGACCACCCAUACGUAAAAAUGUAUGCGCACAUGACUGUAAGUCGCUUUGGAUAAAAGCGUCUGCUAAAUGGCAUAUUAUUAUUAUAUUAUUACAUCUGUUAAAACAAAUAUGAGGCAGUUGGAAUGAUCAUAUUUAGGCAAAAUGUAUUAGAAAAACAGAGUACAGCAGAAAUACUGUGAACAUCAUGGGAUAUCAUUACGUGAUGUGUUAUUCAGUGACAGUGACGGAGGCAGAUCUGGUUGACACAUUUUUUAUAGUUAUUUCUCUGUUGCCAAGUAAUUAACACAACAAUGACAGGCACAUUUGAGCUUCUUAACUUCCUGCUGUGGUUUUGUGACAUGUUUCAUUUGAUAAUUUCAUGACUUCUGUUUCACCACAUGAGCGUCAUCAUACAAAUAAAUAUCUCUAUGAGUGUCUGUGCUUUCCCAGCACACCAUGGCAUUACUUCACAUCCUGGUUCAAACACACACUGUUGGCAUAUCGUUUGGUAUACUGACUAUUCAACUAACACUCUCUUCAAUGAGGUUUCCCAAUAAGACGUUCUGAUUUUGUUGCUAAAGUGCAGCUAAUACAGGAUUUCAGGUAUGUUUUGAUUAGUUCUGUUCAGUUAAUAAUUUGAUAACAUAAUAAGACUCAAUCAGGGAGAGAAUUCACAUCAAAGUGUUUUGAGUUUCAUGGUAAUUUAGUGGUCAUCUAUAUGUUUUGUUACCCUCUAGUUUUAAUGAUACUUUAUACCCUCUAGUUUUAAUGAUAUUUUAUACCCUCUUAGUGUCAAGUAGAAAGUGUGGAUUACAAAAAUAUCAUUUAAAGAGUAAAAGCAUCAAGUUGCAGGCUCUAAAGUAAUGUAUAAUGGGGUAAAUACUUUCUAUACUAUCCAUAUCAACUAAACAUAUCCUCUUGAUUCACUAGGACGUCAUGGACAUGACUCCCAUCCCCAGCUCUGGUAAUAAUAACCUGAAUGAUGCCAACACUUGUGGAGUGGACCUCAGCCAAGAUGCCAUAUACCUUCCUGUAGUCUACGGCAUCUUCUUCGUCAUUGGCACUCCCCUCAAUCUGAUGGCUCUGUUCGGGCUCUAUCGUCUGAUCAAGACUGAAAACGUCUUACCGGUGUACGUGAUCAACCUGCUCCUUUCAGAUCUCCUCCAACUGUUCACUCUACCUCUAUGGAUUGGACUACUAUAGCAGGGGUCACAGCUGGCGAUUCGGGUCCACUUCCUGCCAGUUUUCGGGGGUCAGUUUCUACGUCAGCAUUUACACCGGCAUUGCCUUCAUGUGCAUCAUCGCUUUGGAGCGCUACUUGGCCAUCGCCAAGCCUCGGAGAUUCCAAGCAUUGAGAAAGCUGAACUUUGCACGAUGGAUAGCCCUGAGCAUAUGGGUCGUGGUGGCCUUGCCUCUAUCCAUCGCCUUGCGUACAAUGCAACCCAACGACAAACACACCCUGUGUAUGGAGAGAUACCCUUCCAAGGAGGGCUUCAUCACCUACCGAUUGAUCACAUUAACCCUGUCCUUCGUCUGUCCCCUCUCCUUCAUCUUGUUCCUCCACCGGAAGACCCUGAGGUCUUUGUCGGCCAUUGGUGCCUUGGGAGCCGAAGAGAAGCAUCGCAUCAGGGGUUUUCUCAUCCUGCUGGUGGUCAUCUUCAUCCUGGUCCUCGGCCCCUACCAUGUCACAGGAUGUGUGAAGUACAUUGGAUUGCUUCUCCACGGUGACGCCUGUGAGUGGGAGAAGGCUGUGUUCGUGCCCUAUCAGCUGGGCAGGGGUCUGCUGAGCCUCAACAGUCUGCUGGAUCCUGUGCUUUACACGUUCCUGAGGAAUGACUUCAGGGCGGCUGCGGGCCAUUACCUGCCCUGCCUGAGGAGGAUGCAGGACUGUGAGUCAUCAGAGGACCACCACUAA